AUGGACAUGAUGGGUCCGAUGUGGAUGAUGAUCGCAGUCUUAGCGAUAUUAGGUGGUUUAAAAUGGGUCCUUAGGAGAGUAAAUUGGUGGGUUUACGAAACCCAGUUGGGCGAUAAACGGCACGCUUUGCCGCCCGGAGAUUUGGGGUGGCCUUUUAUCGGCAACAUGUGGUCUUUUCUCCGAGCUUUCAGGUCCAACGAUCCCGAUUCUUUCAUUGGUUCCUUCGUUUCUAGAUUCGGACACACUGGAAUCUACAAGGCCUUCAUGUUUGGGAACCCAAGUGUAAUCGUUACCAUGCCCGAAACAUGCAAAAGGGUAUUAAACGACGAUGAUGCAUUCAAGCCGGGAUGGCCUACUUCCACCGUGGAACUCAUUGGCAAGAAAUCGUUCAUCGGCAUUUCUUACGACGAACACAAGCGUCUCCGCCACUUGACAGCGGCUUCCAUUAAUGGACACGAAGCGUUGUCCGUUUACAUCCCGUACAUCGAAGAAAACGUGGUAUCUACCUUGGAAAAAUGGUCCGAAAUGGGAGAAAUGGAGUUCUUGACUCAUCUCCGAAUGCUCACUUUUAGGAUCAUAAUGUUCAUUUUUCUUAGCUCGGAAAGUGAAGAGGUAAUGGCAGCAUUAGAGAAGGAAUAUACCGAUCUCAACCAUGGAGUUAGAUCCAUGACUAUCAAUGUCCCCGGAUUUGCUUACUAUAAAGCCCUCAAGGCUCGGAAAAAGCUAGUGGCAGUAUUCCAAUCGGUGGUGAAUGAGAGAAGAAAUGAGAGGAAAACAAAGAAGUGGUUAAAGAAGGAAGACAUGUUGGAUGCAUUGAUGGAAGUGAAAGACGAGAAAGGUGAAACAUUGGAGGAUGAAGAAAUCAUUGACAUUAUGUUAAUGUAUCUGAAUGCAGGCCAUGAAUCUUCCGCCCAUACCACAAUGUGGGCCACUAUUUUCCUCCAACAACACCCUCAUUUCCUUCAAAAAGCAAAGGCAGAGCAAGAAAGGAUAGUGAAAGAAAGAUCAACAACCAAAAAGGGUUUAACCCUACUGGAAAUUAGGGAAAUGAAAUAUCUUUCUAAGGUGAUUGAUGAGACACUUCGCUUGGUAACAUUUUCGUUGACGGUAUUCCGUGAGGCACUAACAGAUGUUAGUAUAAACGGUUAUGUGAUACCCAAAGGAUGGAAAAUCCUAGUGUGGUUCAGAAGCAUUCACUUGAAUCCUCAAAUUUAUCCAAAGCCGAAAGAAUUUAAUCCUUCUCGAUGGGAUGAUUAUACAGCCAAAGCAAGUACUUUCCUUCCCUUUGGAGCAGGAAGUAGAUUGUGCCCCGGAAAUGAUCUUGCCAAGCUUGAAAUAGCCAUUUUUCUUCAUCACUUUCUCCUUAACUACGAGUUGGAUCGGGUCAAUCCCGAAAGUCGGGUUCGGUACCUACCACAUACAAGACCUGCAGAUAAUUGCUUGGCAAGAAUCAAGAGACAUAACACCUUCUCCACCCAAGAAAGAUAAUUGGAAAUUGAUAAUGUUUCCUUGUGUCAGAAGCAACAUGCUAGAAU